UCCUUAGGAAAGCUAAUAUACGCUUAUAAUGUACUAUGAUUGUAGACAGACUACUGAAAGAUAUAUUAUGUUGUUAUUUAUUCCUCGUUUUCCAACAGUAUAUUGAUAUUAUAACGAUAGACAUUCGGAACGAGACUAAUCACGUUUUCAACAUUAAGUUGGCGAAACUUCUAGGAUUGUAUCAAAUAUUGGAUCCGGGGGCACUAAAAUGUCGUGGUCGAAACAUCUAUCACAUUGUCACGUCGUGCCUUUUGCUGUACGCGUGUCUCAUAUCGACGAUUUUGAUCAUCAGUGGUCUGUACUAUUGUACCAAUAUACCUGUAAGUAUAGAUUAUUUUUGGAAAUCAGUAACCACGAUUUACGUAAUCUACAAGACGUGGAUCAUCAUCCACUACUCGAACGACGUAUGGAAUUGUUUGUCGAUCACGCGGUACGAUUUGACAUCGUUAACCGACCGGAACAGACACAUACUGGAUCGUUGGCGAGAACGCUUGGCGUGGUUAACGAACAUAUAUGUGAUCAUGUAUUGCAUGACUUUAGUACUUUACCUUGUCAUUACCUUAGCCUUCAGUGAAGUUAAAUCAACAGUCAAAAACCGUGAUGGUUCAGUCGGGUAUUACCGCCAGAACGCAUUGAAUUUAUAUUUAAUCGCAACUGACGACACGUACAACGUACACUAUUAUACGUUUUACUUCAUCGAGGCAUCGUUCGUCGCUUUUAUAACAUUAUAUUUCCUUAUAUUCGAUGUUCUUAUGGUUACACUGUGCUUUGGUAUGUGCUGCCAGAUGGAAAUAAUUUGCUCUGCGUUCAAAUCGGUUGGACACAAAUUUGUUACUGACCCUCAUUCCCCAAUCGAUGAUAUUAAAAACCAAACAUCUAAUGAACACGAUUUAAUAUAUGAUGAAUUAAAAACAAUUAUAAUGGAUCAUCAAGUAGUCAUGAAGAAAUAUGAAGAUUUUCUAACAAUAUUUAGACGAGUGAUGUUGUUACACAUUUUCGUAUCCUCAUUUACGGUCAUCUUGCUUUGGUUUACAUUCAUAAUGAGUUUCUCCAACGAUGAUAGAUUUAAGACUUCGGAUGUUAUAAUAAUAAGAAUGAUUUGCGAAAUUCCAUCAAUAUUGUUUCAAAUAUAUAUGAUGUGUUAUUUAUUUGGCAAUAUUAACGAUCAAAAAGAUGAAAUUAUAUUCGCAUUGUACAGUAGUAAUUGGACCGAAAUGGAUAUGAAAUGUAAAAAGUUGAUAUUAUUGACAAUGCAAUUGAAUAAUGCUAACCAAAUAAAAUUAAAAUUUACUAGAACAAAAAUUGUAAACUUGGAAAUGUUUUUUAAAACAAUGGGUCAUUGCUACACAGUUAUUUCGGUUUUAGUAAAUCAUAUACAAACUAAGAAUGAAUAAGUUUUGUUCAUUUUUAUUUUAAACGUAGUUAUUUUCAUUUCAUCGUUGCUUUA